AUGGAUGAAGUUAAUAUAACAGAACUCAGCCCUAGUAAACUAUUGCAGUACUCAAAAAAAUGUGCUACUCUGCUUAAACAAAAAGACAAAGAAAUAUCAUUGUUACAAGUUGAUCGAAAUCAGGCAAAUAUAGCUUUGAAAGUCGCACAGAAAUCUAUCAAUAAACUUCAAUUAGAGAUGACUAAAAUGGAAAAAAAAGCGAUAGAUGAUGCAAUUUUAAUACAGGGUCUUGAAAAACGAUUACGUAUGCAACGCGAAGAGUUUACUUAUCAAAACGCCUACAAUUUGGACGUCAAACGUUUGGAAUGUGAAUUAGCCACAAAAGCAACAGAUUUAAAGUGGGAAAAUCAUAACAAUGAUUUAUUUUUACUGAAUCAUUCGCUUCGUGAUGAUUUGAAAAAACAAAGCGCACAACACACAAACGAAAAAAACAAUCUGGCAGUACGAAGUGUUAAACGUUUAAAUGACAGGGCCAAUGUGAUAAAAUGUACCGCAGCUCAUUAUUUAGCCGAAAUAGACGAAGAACAAAAAUACGCGAUUCGCUUUGUUCAAAAAAAACAUAUUCUAGAGUUACGAUCAGUGAGGUCCCUGCAUAAUGAUAAUACACGUAUAUUGAUGGAUACGUACAAUAAAGAAAUCGAAGAAUUAAUAGGUGUAUAUGAAGAAAAAUUAGACCAAUUUUUGGAAUUGUCUGAAUCAUUGCAACAGAAAUUGGAGGGUAUUGCUGAAGAUAAUCAUUUUUUACAAAAACCACUCAUAAAAAGAAAUGAAUACUUGGAAAGGGAAAAUAAAAGUUAUAAAAAUUGCAAAAGACAAUUAAAUAGCUUUCAUAGAGAAUUACAGAAUAUUAAAGUGCGACUAAAACAGAUAACGAACGAAAAAGAUUUAUUAGAGGAAGAAAAUCGUAAGAUGAAACUAGACCUUGAAAACACCGACGAAUAUCAUGACAAAACAAUGAGAAACAUGGAAAGGAGAUUCAGUAUGAAAAUAAUGUUAUUGUCAAAUCGCUCUGAUUUGUUAUCAGCAAAGUUGAUCUUGAAAUUGCCAGCCAAAACAAGUGGAAAUGUAUGGGAAUUUCUACCAAGUAUUUUUGACUCGUCUUCAGUAUACUCUUGUAAAAAAGGUAGAACAUCCGUUAAAGAUUACGAACGACCUGGUAGACCUUCGACCAGUAAAACAAAUGAAACUGUUGCUCGUGUUCGUGAAAUUAUUCGAAAUAAUCGUCGAUUAACUAUCAGAGAAGUCGCAGAAGAUGUCGAAAUAACUUACGGUUUGUGCCAAGAAAUAUUAACCAAUGAUUUGGGCAUGAGCCGAAUCGCAGCUAAAUUUGUUCCUCUUUUCCUAACCGAUGAACAAAAACAAAACCAAAACACCAUCGCUCAAGAACUUUUUGAAAGAGCAGAAAGUGACCUAGACUUUUAA